AUGGGGUUCACACGCUUUGCUGUGAUGCUGUAUGUCACCAUGAUCCACCUAGUUUCAGGUAUGCGCUUUAUGACUCCCGAGCCUGAUACACCACCAACAUCAACCCCAGACUCUUACCCACUGGGUGACCUGAUCCAUGCUGCCCUGCAGAGUAAGGAAUACUUAGGACGGGCUUCUGCUGGCACAGGUACCACCACCAACCCGACACAGGCUGUGCCUGGGCUUGGACAGACCGAGGCAGCAGCGACAGUCAUAUCACCAGGGCUGCUCACCACAGCUUUAAGUUCCUCUUCUACUGCCAGUCAGACAGGAUCAAGGAAUACCAUGUCUUUGCUGCCCUUAGAGGAGGAGACAACCACCACUCUGAUCACCACAACCACCAUAACCACAAUGCACAUGCCAGUACAGUGCAAUGCGACUUUGUCAGCGAUGGAGGAUGUUGUCGAGUCACCAGAUCCUGCAUCAUCAUCAUCAUCAUCAUCAUCUUUUUCCCCUCUGGAAUGCACCUACAGCAUUACUGUGUAUGCAGGUUAUGGUGUGGAAAUUCAGGUGAGAAAAGUUAAUCUGUCUAAGGAAGAAUCCUUGACGAUCAUGGGGUACGGAGGCACAGGACCAGAGCUGUUAGCCAACGAGACCCUGAUGAGAGAGGGUCAGGUGAUUCGCAGUACAACCAAUCAGGUGUACAUUCACUAUCGCAGUCUCCGGCAGAGCAACCACGGCUUGUUUAGCCUCCACUAUCAAGCCUUUCUGCUCUCCUGCCCGUUCCCUCUGUCUCCGGAGGGCGGUGGAGUGACAGUGACAGACAUCCAUCCUGGAGGCCAGGCACACUUCCACUGUGAUCCAGGUUUCCAGGUUCGCGGCCAUGAGGUGGCCACAUGUGUCAACACAACACAGCCACACUGGAGCACUCCUGAACCUCAGUGUGUCGCGGUGUCUUGUGGAGGGUGGAUUCGUAAUGCAACAGUGGGCCGGAUACUGUCUCCACCCCCGCCAUCUGUCAGCAACCACAGCAAUGGAAACAACCUGAGCUGCCACUGGUUAAUAGAAGCCAAAGAAGGACAUAGACUUCACCUACACUUUGAGAGGAUUGCACUGGAUGAAGAUGAUGAUAAGUUAAUUGUGCGCAGUGGAAACAGUCCCCUGUCUUCACCACUCUUUGACUCAGACCUGGAUGAUGUCCCAGAACGUGGGUUGCUCAGUGAGGGCUCCACACUGUACCUGGAGCUCACAGCUGAUUCUUCCUCCAUCCCUCUGCUUCUGGCACUGCGAUACGAGGCUUUCGAUGAUGAACACUGCUGGGAGCCUUACAUGCCCCAUGGAAAUUUCAGCAGCAGUGACAUCACAUAUCAGCUGGGCACCACUGUCACCUUUACCUGCUCUCCAGGCUUCGUCAUGGAACAAGGCUCAGGGACGAUUGAGUGUGUCGACCCCAGCAAUCCCCACUGGAAUGAUAGCGAACCUGUGUGCAGAGCUCUGUGUGGAGGGGAGUUGACCGAGCCCUCGGGUACCAUCCUGUCUCCUGAUUGGCCCCAGAGCUACUCCAAGGGGCUAGACUGUGUAUGGCAGAUCCAUGGUAACGAGGAGAAACGCAUUGAACUGGAUGUCCAGAUCUUAAAUAUCCGCCACACCGAUGUGUUGACCGUGUUUGACGGACGUGAUCUCAUGUCUCACGUGAUCGGGCAAUACCUGGGGUCCAGAGAGCGUUUUCAGGUCGUGUCAGGGGGGUCAGAGGUCACCAUUCAGUUUCAGAGUGAUCCAGAUGAUUCCAGUUUUAUCCUAAGUCAGGGAUUCCUCAUUCAUUAUCGUGAGGUUGAGCCGAACGACACCUGCCCUACCCUCCCUCAAAUUGAGUUCGGCUGGAUCAGCUCCUCCCACUCGUCCCCCGUGAGAGGCAGCGUGCUGACCUAUCAGUGCCAACCAGGAUAUGACAUCAGCGGCUCUGACAUCAUCACCUGCCAAUGGGACCUGUCCUGGAGCAGCAGUCCACCUACUUGUGUUAAAGUCCAGCAGUGUCCUGAUCCAGGAGAGGUGGUAAACGGAGCACGCUCUGUGCGUCCGGAAGCAGGUUUUGCAGUUGGAACAGUCGUCCGUUUCUCUUGUAACCAGGGUUACCAGCUGGAAGGUCCCAGCCAAAUCUCCUGCCAUGGACGAGACACUGGGACCCCCAAAUGGAGUGACCGCAGCCCAAAGUGUGUCUUAAAAUAUGACCCAUGUCCAAACCCUGGAGUCCCUGACAAUGGUUACCAGACCUUGUACAAGCACAGCUACCAGGCAGGAGAGACUCUGCGUUUCUUCUGUUAUGAGGGCUACGAACUUAUCGGUGAGGUCAUUAUCAGCUGUGUUCCCGGCCAUCCCUCUCAGUGGAACAGCCCGCCGCCCUUUUGCAAAGUGGCGUACGAAGAGCUCUUGGAUGAUCACAAAUUAGAAGUGUCCCAGUCAUUCGAGCCGUCCCAUCAGAUCCUGAGUGAGAACAUUGCUUUGGCAAUAAUUCUGCCAAUUAUCCUGGUCAUCCUCCUGAUUGGAGGAAUUUAUAUGUACUAUACAAACAUAUGCAGACUAGAAUGGAAGCCGCUCUUCUGGAAGUCUCUUUCUCACACACACUCCUACAGUCCCAUCACGGUCGAGUCCGAUUUCAACAACCCUCUUUAUGAAGCAGGGGAUACACGGGAGUAUGAAGUGUCCAUUUAA